UGCAAUUGCGGAAAGCCGUUGAUUUUGGCGGGUCCGAAUCUGCGACAAUAAUAUUAACAUCUUCUUCUCUCUCUCUCUCUCUCUCUCUCUAUCUCUAUCUCUCUCUCUCCUUUCUUCUGGAUCUGCGGUGACGGCAUGGCCACUUCCAAUGGCUCUGACGACGGAACCACUCCUUCUGAAUCGGCGUUGAUCUUUCUCGGAACAGGCUGCUCCAGCAUGGUUCCCAACGUAAUGUGUCUCAUCCAGCCCUCCGAUCCUCCCUGUCCCGUUUGCGUUCAGUCAUUGUCAAUCCCUCCCGACAAAAACCCUAAUUACAGAUGCAAUACAUCACUAUUAAUUGAUUAUUGUGAAAGCAAUGACAAUCACAACUAUAUAUUGAUUGAUGUUGGGAAGACCUUCAGGGAGACUGUGCUUAGAUGGUUUGUUUCCCAUCGGAUUCCAAGAAUCGAUUCUAUUAUUUUGACUCAUGAACAUGCUGAUGCAGUUCUUGGAUUGGAUGAUAUACGUGCUGUGCAGCCUUUUAGUCCAACAAAUGACAUUGAUCCCACCCCCAUCUACUUGAGCCAGCAUUCAAUGGAUAGCAUAGAAGAGAAGUUCCCUUAUUUGGUUCAGAAAAAACGCAAAGAAGGACAAGAAAUACGAAGGGUAGCUCAGAUUGCUUGGAACAUUAUUAGGGACGACUGCAAUCAACCAUUUUUUGCAUCAGGAUUAAAAUUCACUCCUUUACCAGUAAUGCAUGGAGAGGAUUACAUCUGUUUGGGCUUUCUUUUUGGUGAGAAAAGUAGGGUGGCAUAUAUAUCCGAUGUUUCAAGGAUUCCUGCAAGUACAGAGUAUGUCAUUUCGAAAAGUGGAGCUGGACAAUUGGAUCUUCUAAUAUUGGAUUCUUUGUAUAGGACUGGAUCACAUAACGUUCACCUUUGUUUCCCACAGACUCUUGAAACUGUGAAGAGGUUGUGUCCAAAGAAAACCCUUUUGAUUGGAAUGACUCAUGAGUUUGAUCACCACAAGGACAAUGAGUUUUUGGCAGAAUGGUCCAGAAGGGAAGGAAUUCCGGUGCAGCUUUCCCAUGAUGGUUUGAGAGUCCCCAUAAACUUAUAGUAAGGAAAGGGUAAAACAUGUAACAAUGUGUACCAUAAACAGUUGAUCUUAAUUAGAUUCGUUGGAAGCCUUAAUAAUAUAUUUAAAGAAGAUGCUCGGAUUCUACAGCAAUCCCAAGAAUUGACAGUUUUGCUAGAAGGCGGGAUUUGUGGAUGUGACACUGAUAACUUAUUAUAUUAUUGUGUACUAGAACAAAUUUUUAUUGCAAAAUUGGAGAACAAAUUGGAUAGCAGUGAGUUUUAAGAGCUAAAGAAUCCACCAUAUCGUAAGAUUCUUUUGCAGGGUCACUUUAUGCGCCACUGAUAUCCUGAUAAGAGAUGUAUCUUCAAUUGUAAAGUGAUUGUCAUAAACAAUAAAUGAUCGACUACCCAUUUGAGUGUUUCCCACACUGUUUUUCUUUA